CGGGGCACUUUUCUGGUCACGUGAAGGCCUGCUUGUAUCACCGCCGCCAUGACUGCGUCCUGAAAAAAAAGGGGGAGGGUGACGAGACAAUAACAACAACGCCGCCUCCGCCUCCUCUUCCUCGAUCCCGCUUUUGGAUCCCUCAGACCUGGAAACGCUGUUUCUCCGUUCCUGUUUCGCUUUCGGUGCUGCCUAGAAAAUGAAACAAUAACAACUUCAUAAGAGACCAUUUUGUCUUCUGUACCAAUGACAUCUGUGCCAAUGAUACCUGAAUCUUACAGCCAUGUGUUGGCAGAAUUUGAUUGCCUCAAUCCAUUGCUUUCUGCUCUCAGGUUGGAUUCCAGUCGCCUGAAGUGCACAUGUCUUGCAGUAUCUCGAAAAUGGUUGGCCCUGGGUAGUUCAGGUGGAGGCCUGAACCUUAUCCAAAAAGACAGUUGGAAACAGAGGCUGUUUCUCACUCAUAAGGAAGGUGCCAUUUCCUGUGUUGCCUUUUGUUUACAUGAUGAAGACUAUGUCGCUGUCGCUACAAGUCAAGGCCUUGUUGUUGUCUGGGAACUGAAUCAGGAGCGUCGUGGGAAGCCUGAAAGAAUUUAUGUUUCUUCAGAACACAAAGGCAGAAAAGUAACUGCUCUUUCUUGGGAUACAAAUAUACUCCGUGUUUUUGUUGGUGAUCAUGUAGGGAAAGUGUCUGCUAUCAAGAUUAAUACAUCCAAACAAGGAAAGGCCACAACUGCAUUUGUUAUGUUUCCAGUUCAGAUUAUAACUACUGUUGACUCCCGUGUGGUUCAGCUUGAUUAUUUGGAUGGAAAACUGCUUAUCUCUUCUCUUACUCGUUCUUACUUAUGUGACACAGAGAGGGAGAAGUUUUGGAAAAUUGGAAACAAGGAGCGAGAUGGUGAAUAUGGAGCCUGUUUUUUCCCAAAAAGUUGUGGCAGCCAGCAGCCAUUAAUAUAUUGUGCACGACCUGGUUCACGGAUGUGGGAGGUGAACUUUGAAGGGGAGGUGUUAAGUACACAUCAAUUCAAACACCUCCUGUCAUCAUCACCUCUCCCUAUUAUUAGUCUAAGGACAGAUCCGGAAUACAAUAGUGCCAGUUGUUCUUCUCAGUCUUUGGCUUUCCCCAGGCUCCUUUAUUUGAGUGAGCAUUGUGUAAUGACCUGGACAGACAGAGGCAUUUAUAUCUUCCUUCCUCAGAACGUCCAAGUUUUGCUCUGGAGUGAAGUGCAAGACAUCCAGGAUAUUGCAGUUUACAAAAAUGAACUGUUCUGUUUACACACUAGUGGAAGAGUCGCUCAUCUUUCCCUUUUAACAGUGGAAAGAUGUGUGGACCGUUUGCUUAGAAAAAGCUUCUGGGGUCUUGCUGCCAAAAUCUGCUGUCUCUUUCAGAAUUCUGUUGUUUUGUGUCGGGCAAGAAAAACUCUUCCAAUAGAUAAGCUAGAACAUUUGAAAUCACAGUUGGAUCUUUCAACACAAAGUGAUAUCAUUAGUCAACUUGAAGGACUGAUUGCAAAGCUUGAACCUUUAGGUUCUGCGUGCAGUAGCAGGAGGAGCAGUAUUUCUUCACAUGAAAGUUUCAAUAUACUAGAUUCUGGAAUUUAUCGUGUUAUUAGUCGAAGAGGAAGUCAGUCCGAUGAGGAUUCUUGCUCAAUACAUAGCCAAAAUCUAUCAGAAGAUGAAAGAACAAAGGAAUUUCAUCCACACCAGGAUGAAGAGCAGCUAGAGCUUGACAGUGUAUCUCAUGCUUCUGUGGUGAUCGACAAUGAUCGGAAUGAGGCUUUUCUUCCAUUCAGUAUUCCAUUGUCAUUUCGUUCCCCAUCUCCUCUCGUCUCUCUUCAGGCUGUUAAGGACAGUGUUUCUAGUUUUGUACGUAAGACCACAGAGAAGAUAGAAAAGAUUGGUACCCUUCAUGUGAAUCCUGAUAGAGUUAGACAGGACAAUAAUGAUGAAGAGCAACUGCUAGAGGUGACUGCAAGUGUUAUAACACAUCCUCAAGAAGAAGAGAUGGAGCUACAGAGCCAGCCUCAAGAAGAGAAUUAUCUUGAAGAUCUCAUGGUAGCAACUAAAGAGACUCUAACCAGACUCCAGGAUCCACUAAUUUUGUUAGAACCACAGUGUUUGAGAGAGGUUUUGCUUUACUGGCUUCCAUUUCUGGAGGACGCAUUUGGUUUCAAGGUGGCUUCUAUUUCAGAAAAUAGCUCUUACAAGACAGAUGAAGAGUUACCUUUGCACCCUGAAGGACAGCAAGUUUUUGAAGAAAAUAUAGGAAUAGAUAGUGAUCUCACAGAGGAGGAACAGAGACCUGUCUCCAGAACGAACGAUGAAAAUGAUGCUAUAAAUAACGAACAGGAAGGGACUUUGGACAGAAAUGCCAGGGAAGGGUCAAGCAGCAACAAUCAGAUUGAUAAAAUGCUUUACCAAAAAACUGAUGAAGAGACAGCCUUCAGCCAAUCUUUCCAGAUCUAUUCCCCACAUUUCAUAGCACAAGACAUGAAAAAGGAUUUGAUAGAGCUGACAACUUUGUGUUUUGAAUUAAAUGUAUAUGAGCAUUUACAAGUAAAUAAUGAACAGUGCAUGCAGCCAGAAACUUCCUGUGCUUUGACCUGUCAGUUCAUAAAGGACUACUUUUUCCUUUUGGAUUUGGAAAGACUGAAGCAGUGUAUUAUCGUCUCUCACAGCGAUCAUCCCCAGAUUUGGGAAACCUAUGUAGAAGGACUCAAAGAAUUGACUCUGAUGAGCCCAGUUACUACGGCAGUAGAAAAUGGAGAUAUGUUUAAAACACUGAAAUUGUUAGUUGAUUUGGGCCCCUGGGAUGCUCCUGUAUUAUUGGCUCAUGCCCAGAGGCUUUAUGAAAAGUUUGGAGAAACUUCUCUAAGGCCCCUGAUCAAGUUUUAUCCUUCCAUAUUGCCUUCAGACAUCAAGCAAAUUUGUAAAAGCAAUCCUGAGCAUUUUCUAGCAUUUUUAGACAGUUUAAUCAACUCAAAGGCUGAAGAUGAACGGUUGUCUUUCUUGUUAUCUCUUCUCCAUCCUGAAUCAGUACGAUUGGAUUGGUUAUGUUUGGCAGUUUCUCAUGAUGCACCAAAUGCAGCAAGUACCAGGGAUGCCCAAGGAAAUCCAAGGCCACAAUCACAUUUAUUUACUUGGGGAUACAACCAACUGAUAUUACUGCUACUUAAACUCCCAGCUGAUAUUUUAACAAAAGAAAAGAUGGCUGAAAUAUGUAAAAACUAUGGCUUCUGGCCUGGAUAUCUUUAUCUCUGUUUGGAGCUGGAUAGAAGAGCUGAAACCCUUACUAAUAUUGUUCAUUUGGAUGACAUGAACUUGUUGGAUGGAGAACGUGGGGCAGUGCCAGAGACAGUGGAAGAAUGGAAGUUUCUCCUUGGUCUUGUAAAGAGUCAUCAUAACAGUGUCUUUAAUCCUGCUAUGCAGAAUGGCAGUACUGUUAGUAAUGGUGCUCCAAAUUGGUCAAAUUGUAUUACUAUUGAGAAUGUGGCUCUUCUGUUGGCCAAAAUAAUUGGCCCAGAUCUUGCUUUGCUAGUAUUGCAGGAAUGUGGCCUGAUGAAUGAGCUAUCUGAAAAAUUUGCCAAAGUCUGUGAGAUACUACGAAUCACUGAAAAAAGGCAAAGAGCCCUGAUUCAGUCCAUGCUGGAAAGAUGUGAUCGGUUUUUGUGGUCUCAACAAGCAUAACAAAUAGUUAUGAAAGUUAAUAAUGGUUGUAAGAAACACAAACUACCAGAACUGUACCAUUUUUCAGAAAAGUCUUCCUUGCUGGAAAUGGUGCAGUUAGUUUGCACAAAAAUGGAUAGUAAUAAAGCUUCAUUUUUUAUUCUGAUUUUCAAGUCUUGGUAUACUGCAUUUCUGUAAUUCAGUAUAUAUUUGAGAGUAUGUCAUGCCAAUUGCUUAUUAAAAGUGCUGAAUGAUAUUGAUACAGAAGUAUUUGAAUAUGUUAAAAAGUUUGCAUUAUCAGUGUUAACUUUACAUAUGAAAAUGGGAUUCUUUGUAAAUAGCUUCUACCUACCUGAAAACAGGGUUCUUUGUGAACAACCUCUACCAAUAUAAUUUAUUUUGGCACUGUCAAAAGAAUGACAGAUUCUAUAUAGUUACUGGCAGACUUCCAUUCAGUUUGCAAGAAGGUAUGUACAAAUGGACGGAUGUAGAAGCAUAGAUUUUACCUGUAUAAUAUAAAAGUCACUGUCCUUAUGAGUUAAAUCAAAAAUUCUUGUAAGAUAGCUGUUGAGAGAAUAUAGUAACUACCAAAUGUAACACCUUCCAAAUGUAUAUAAAUGCAACAGUGCUGAAUUAUUUAUAAGUUAAAAUCAUCAAUAGAACGGGGAUGCUAUUAGCUAAAUAUUACUUCAAAAUGAUUUUGGUGAAACUAACAUUUUAAAAACUUCUUAAUUGAUGCUUCAACAACUGAAGGAAUAAAUGGUAAAAUGAUGUAUAUUAAUGCAAUUUGUUCUCUUACUGAAAAAGCACCCUAAAAUUUAAGAAAAACCCUAAAUUAGUUGUGCACUGUUUCAUUUACAACUUUUAAUGACAUUGAUUCCAGUCUUGUUGAAGUAAAUCCUACUGUGUUCAAACUCGCUUAAUCCAAGUAAGUGUAUAUAGGAUUAUAUGCCACAACUCAAAUAGUGAUAUACUUGUACUUAACAUUUUGAGAUUCUUCACUAUUGCAGUAUCAUUUCAUUUAGAAGGAUUCAUAUUUUAAAGUCCACUAAACUGAAUACUUCUAUUGAUGUUAUAUGGUAAUUGAUCAAAAGGUAAUACUAUGCAAAUCAUUUGGAGUUAUGUUAAAUAUUUAAUUUCUAGAAAUCUUAUUUUUAAUAAUGACUUGGUUCCAAAGUAAUGUAAAACUGUUUCCAUUUGUGCAAGGGAACUUUCAUCAAUGCUUCUGGGAACAGGCUCUGGUGUCCUCUGAAAGUUGGUCCUGAAUGUAGGGGGCACCCUGUAUAACAGUUUUUCAACAAGUGAGAGAGGCUGCAGAUGGCAGAAGGGAGGGGAAAUCUUCAUCAUCAAAACACAUGCACGCACACACAUAGAGAUACUUUACAUUUAUAAAAGAGCAGCCUUGGGUCCAAUCCAAUGUAAAUUAUACUUUGUGAAGAAAUUAAUACAUCCUGUAGAGUUACAAAGUUUUGGUAAAUUUCCUUUUGAAAGCCAUCCAGCAAUAAACUGUUACGUGUAACGAGCAUUUUACCCAGUUCCCUAGCAUUCUCUUUGAAUUUUUAAGCUGAAGUCUGAAAUAGCACAAAUGCAUCUUAAUCUCAGGUUUUCUAUACAGUCUUAUAGGAUAUAAUUUUAUACUAGUUUUUGUGACUUCUUGUCUCAAAACUUUCAUAAAGUACAGCUCUCAACAUAAAUUACCUUCAUUCUGUGCCUUAUUUUUCUAGACCACAAUCCAAAGAGUCUUGUUAGCCAUGUACAAAGGCUUGUGCACACUAGUUUUUUCUCCUUCCUUCCCAGCAGCAGCUUCUUACACUUAUGUGGUUUUGUCAAGUUUCAAAGUCAGCGUCAUUAGCAUUAUGGAGAGGACUGUUUCCAGAAAGAGGGGUUGAGAAAUCCUGUUGUGAACUAUGAGCUCACUGUGCAGACUUUUGAAUGGGGUAUAUACUGGGCAAAUUAAUGUUUACAUUAUUUGUGUGAAGAAAUAGUUUAAAGACUGAUACAAAUGCAUAAACUUAAGUUCAUGAGCUUUUCAUAAAACUGUAUUAUAUUCUGUCUGAAAUGCAAUUGAUGUGGAACAACUAAAAUGUAUACGAUGUAUUGUCGAAGGCUUUCACGGCCGGAGAACGAUGGUUGUUGUGGGUUUUCCGGGCUGUAUUGCCGUGGUCUUGGCAUUGUAGUUCCUGACGU